CCCACGCGGAGCAGGUCCAGUACGGGUCCCCGGAGCUGGUCGCCAUGCAGGACGCGCAGGUCUAGCCGUCAUGGAGCUAUCCAACCUGUACGAGGCGGCGCCGCACGGCCGGCUCCCGGCGAGCCAGCACGCCCCCUCGGCAGACCCGGGCGGGGACAUCGGGGACACGGAGACGUCCAUGGACCUCAGCGCCUACAUCGACACUUCCGCUUUGAACGACGAAUUCCUGGCCGACUUGUUCCAGAACACUUCCCGCCACGACAGGCUCCGCUUCGUGAACGGCGACUACGAGCACGCGCCCUCGCACUUGUACGCCGCGGAGACCAAGCUGGAACCCUUUUAUGAGCACGCGCCUGCGCGUGUUCGCCCCGUGGCCAUCAAGCAGGAGCCUCGCGACGAGGACGCGCUGCCACCCGCCUACCUGCACCACUACCCCCCCGCGCCGCCUCCGCACCUGCAGUACCAGGUGGCGCACUGCGCGCAGACCGCCGUGCACCUCCAACAUCCGGGGCAGCCCACCCCGCCGCCCACCCCGGCGCCCAGCCCGCACCACCUCCCGCACGUGCAAGGCCACGCACAGCAUCAGCAGCAAAGGGUGGGCGGGAAGCCCAAAAAGCACAUGGACAAGAACAGUCCCGAGUACCGCCUGCGGCGCGAACGCAACAACGUCGCCGUGCGCAAGAGCCGCGACAAGGCCAAGCUCCGCAACAUGGAGACCCAGCAAAAGGUUCUGGAACUGAGCAGCGACAACGAGCGGCUGCGGCGCCGCGUGGACCACCUGAGCCGUGAACUGGACGCCCUGAGGGGCAUCUUCAGGCAGCACCCCCCGGACGGAAGCCGCUGAGGCGGCUGGCGGUCUGAGUGAUGUUCUCGCCAUCGCCGCCGUGGGCAGCAAUGACCCGAAGCCGUGCCUCCGUGCUAUGCAACACUCAAUGCCUUCUGGUCCCGUGACCUUUCACCUCGUGCCCCCCCCCCCCGUGUUGACGUGAGCUCAUGAACACGUGAAUCACCCAGAAAGGACGUUUUCUACGUGUGUUGACAGUAUAUCACAUGUGUAUAAAUGUAUAUGAUAUAUAUGAAUAA